GAGCGCCUCGGCCGCAGCCCGCGGCGGCGCUCCCGGGGACAGCGCUUCUGGCCCUGCGAGCAACGAUCCCGCCUCGGACCCCGGCAGCAGCACAUGGAGAGCGGAGAAGUCCUUACUGUAGCGUAUGAGCUCUCCCAUGGCUUUUUCCUGCUUCCCCAAGUAACACGCAUCCCGUUCUCUUUGAAAACAUUGUGAAUAAAGACAGAAAUGAAUAGAAAAUAUAUUAUACAAGACGACCAUUGGGCGAAGAUGCUGCAGUUCCAGCUUGUUGUGGUGCAUUUGGCCCUUGUGAUUACCCUGCUGCAGUGGCAUUCUACCUCAGUGCUCCUUGUGGAGGCAGCUCCAGAGCCUUUGGAGCCUUCUGCUGCUCUGGGCAUGGAAGCACGUCCCGUUGCCAGUGAAGAGAAGUCAGCCACCAACCUGGCAGCCAAACUGUUCCUUCUUGAUGAGCUGGUGUCUAUGGAGAAUGAGGUGACUGAGACCAAGAAGAAAAGAAGUUUCCCAGGAUUUGGCUCCCCGAUAGACAGAAUUUCCUCUACCUCUGUGGAUGUUAAAGGCAAACAGAGGAAAGUGGUUGAGCUGCCUAAGAGACGUUUUGGAGUUCCUCUUGACCGGAUUGGAGUGAGUCGUCUUGGCAACACCAAGGGUUAGCAGUUCCUGCAAGUGCUUCUGUUCUGAAUGAUUGAUGCUGUAUUGGAAACAUUACAGAAAUGCAGAAGAUGCAUCACAGCAUACCUUGUCAUUGACUAAUGAUACAACACUCAAGGAAUUGACCUCCUGCAAAAUUGUUUCACAAUGCAUUUUACAAAUGUUGCAUUUACAAAUAAUAACAAAUUCAAUUCAUCAAGUCAGAAUGCUCUCACAGUUGUGCAUGGUGUCACUGAUAGGACGGGACAGAAAGUAUGUUAUAAUUUAACUGCCUGGCAUUUAUUUCUUAAACCAGCAGAAGUUCAUUAUCCUAGCAAGGACUGUUAGAUUUUUGGAUUGAAAAUAAAACCUCCAGAGAUGCCAACAGCAGUCCAUGGAAA